GCUACCAAAAUUGCAUUCUGAAUCCGACAUCAAGCGACUAUAUAAACGUCGAUUUUUCAAAUUGUAUACAUCACUCGUUCCUUGAUUGUAGGAACCGCGUUUACUUACUCUACAUCUCAACAUGUCUGGUCGUGGUAAAGGAGGCAAAGUCAAGGGAAAGUCAAAGACCCGUUCCAGCAGGGCCGGACUUCAAUUCCCCGUCGGUCGUAUCCACCGAAUGCUCCGCAAAGGAUCGUACGCUGAGCGCGUCGGUGCCGGUGCCCCCGUCUACUUGGCUGCCGUCAUGGAGUACUUGGCCGCUGAGGUCCUCGAGUUGGCUGGUAACGCCGCCCGUGACAACAAGAAGACCCGUAUCAUCCCUCGUCACUUGCAAUUGGCCAUCCGCAACGACGAAGAGUUGAACAAACUUCUCUCCGGUGUCACCAUCGCUCAGGGUGGUGUUUUGCCCAACAUCCAGGCCGUUCUCUUGCCCAAGAAGACCGACAAACCCGCCAAGGCUUAAACUUCUCCCGUCUUUAAACAAACGGCCCUUUUCAGGGCCACCAAUUUAUUCUUGAAAAAAGGAAUUUGCUAAAUGCUAUAGUUCGCACAUUAUUUCGUUUCUGACUGAGAAAAACUUUAUUAAAUAUUUUUCAUGUUAUUUGUACAGAUUUAUAUAUAUCUUAAUCAAUGUCUGAAUUCAGUAUGAGUUUAUGAUCCAUCUUGUUAAUUCAGGCAACCUUGCCCACUCCCCCUUAGCUCCAGUUGGAAUUCAACAUGGUCGCCCUUUGGCUUGUUGUUUGUUGGUUGCGGGUGGUGUGACAGCGAUUCUGUCGAUAAUUCUCAUUCUCACUGAUUCGGUCUUUUUUUUGUUUAUUUUUAAUGGAAAAUAGCACCAAUCACUA